AUGGCCUCGUUAUCGCUAUUGCUUGAGAACCUGCACCUGGUGGCACUGCUGCGCGCCUUCUACCUCGCUGCGUCACUUCUUAUUCUCGUCAUACAGGCCGUUCCUGCCCUGCGCUCUCGUUUUCUUGCCUAUGGCUCUCGUGUCACUGGUCUAAGCGGGAGGAAGGAGUUACCCGCUCAGCAGCAGUCAGCUCUCACCCGCGCCCUAGACUACGCCGCCUCGCUGCAGGUCCCUCACAACUACUUCACUCAUUUCUACAUCACAUCGGCCCUCUGCUCGCUGUUCUGGGCAUGGAAGCUACGCGUGCUGGAAGCUGAUAGGCAGCAGCAGAUAGUCUGGGCACUCCUGCUGCUUCAGGGCCUGCGCCGCAUGCUCGAAUCCUACAUGUAUACUUCAACGAGCAAGAGCCGGAUGUGGUUCGCCCACUGGGUGCUUGGUCUUCUCUUCUACAUCACGAUAAAUAUGGCCAUCUGGGUUGAGACACCCAGCAAUGCUGCCGGUAACUGGGCAUUCGUGCCGGGUGUUAUCACAGCCCAGAUGCUGCAGCACUCCUAUCACAGCUACCUCUAUCGCCUCCGCACCGAGAGCAACGGCUACCAGCUUCCAUCGCAUACCAUGUUUCCUAAUCUUCUUUGCCCGCACUAUACCUGCGAGGUCGUCGUCUAUGCGCUGUUUUCGCUCCUGGCAGCUCCAGAGGGUAACUGGGUCAACUGGACACUGAUCUGUGCGACUAUAUUCGUCGCUACAAACUUAGGAGUGACGGCGGUAGGUACGAAGGAGUGGUACGUGGAGAAAUUCGGCGCCGAUAAGGUAGGUCCGCGGAAGAGAAUGGUCCCUGGUAUUUGGUGA